AAUCACGAGUGUCAUACACAACUUUUACAUCGUAAACCAUUCAUAUCGCUUUAUUUAUACCGCAUCGCCGAGCAUUUCAUAUAUCUAAUGCACAAAUAUUUAUAUACACUCUAUUCGCUUCAAAAUCGGAUUUCUGCAUUUGUGGAUUGCACCUCAGGGUAUUCAACUCGUCUUAUUUAAGAAACUGUUUUCGGUAAAAUGGCGGGAACAGUUACGAAGAAACAGGCGGAGGGAUAUUGGAAUAAGUACAACAAGGACGGGAAUGACGAAUUGACCGUGGAAGAGGUUAAACAGUGCCUGCAAGAAGUGUACGAGGAUGGCGUCGACGACUUUGACGUCAACGAAAAGUUUGUGUUCUUCGGUCAAAAGGAGGCCAAGACCUUAACCAAGGACGAGUUUAUGAAGGGAAUGAUGAGGGCUGAUAAAUGCUCGUCUCUGAAGCAGCAAUUCAAGGCCAUGGACAAGGACAAUAGUGGUUCCCUAUCCAAAGAAGAAUUAGAAUCAGGCUUGGACGCCCAGGGUUUUGACAAGGAGCAGGCAAAAAUCAUUGUAGAAGAGCUCGAGUUUGAUUCAGAUGGCAAAUACAGCAUCGAAGAGUUUGUAGAGACUGUUGCAUUCAGUGAAAUGUUCGCGAAAACGUUUUCAUUCUGAGCUUCAGUUAUGACAUUACUCCGGGUUUUGUAUAUGAACGUUGGGGGUGCUACAGUAUGCUAAGUGUACGGAGGUUAACAUAAUCACUUUAUUUAUUUAUCAGACACAUUAAUCGAAUGUUGUACGUGUUUUGCACAGAAAGUGUCAUUUGUGAACAAAACAGACCUUGCAUGAUGAUAAAUACUUCUAAAAAUGGUUCGAAUACGUUCGAUUUCAUUUUGUUUUUACCCAAUGAUUUAACCUAUAAACGCAAGAUUCAUACUAUUAAAUAGGUAAUUGCACAGAACAUGUGAAAACCGCAGUAACAAACUUUCAAUAAUUAAUCGCUUUUUAAGAAUUGACAUUAAACAGCACAGAUACUUUAUUUAUCUAGCAUUUAUAUAUGUCUGUACAUGUAAUCAUAUUGUUUUUCUGCAUUAAAUAUAUAUAAACGGC